CACCAGCGAAAACGGAAUUCUUCACAACAAACUGAGACGAGCCCGCUCCCGUUUCUAAUUUGCAAACAAAGGACACGACAGAUCUAUCGACUCGAUUCAAAACAGAAUGAUGAGCAAAGUCCUACUCGUUCUUUUCGUCUUUGGAAUUGUCUUUCUUGAAACUAGUGAAGCACAAUGGGAUCAGAGUUUCGACCAAUUAAUUCAAUGCGUGAAUGAUUCUGUAAAUAAGCUACAAAUGAGCAUCGACGAUACUUGCCCCGAUCUGAAUUGUAUAUUGAAUACCCAACAGCUGGUAACGUUUGCCUGUGACGUGGGAAAUAGAGAAAUUGUUCCCGUCCUCGCGAAUUGCAUCAUAGAUUAUGCACGAGAUGUGGUCAAUCGACUUCUUGCAUUAUAUCAAGGCUGGUUUAUAUUUUUUCCAGGGUACAUGGAUUAUAUGAAUAAUUAUGUGGAUGAAUCGUUUAAUUGCCUUAAAAUAUAUGUAAGUAAACUUAGCGACGUAACACUCGAAUGUAACAUGAUGAAUAGUACACUGAAUCAUCUUGACAAUCUUGUCAAAAAUGCCGAUGAAAAUAAUUUUUACAACUUUAUUAUUGCAAUUAUUAAUUCUUUACCUACAAUUUUCUCUUUUUCCUUGUGUUUUAUUCCGCCUGUCUUUCCUUGGCAAUACGGGAAAUAAAUCAAAUAAAUAAGUAAAAUCAGAAGAUAUAUUUACGUCAUUUUCAGAAAUGUAAUUUCAAAUUUUCCUAAUUAACAAAUAAAAGAUAAAUGGGUUUUACAAAGCAGGCUUUGCGUAUUUUACUUUUGUUUUGUCGAAUAGAAACGAAUUUUUAUUCUCUUUUUACAACAAAUUAAAAUUCAUAAUUUAAUUCGGGUGUUAAUUUGACCCGGUUUUGUAUUAGGUUAAGCUGAUUAAAGAGAGAUUUUUGGAAAUUCCACCCUCUCGGGGAAGAGGAGGAGAGAUAGUCGGUAUGAAGUGUAAAUAAUAAAGAAGGAAAGUAAAUAGUGGCGCAUAUAGUAUACAUUUUGGCAAUUAAUAAAUAUUUCAAUUAUUUUCACUUUUCGGGUUACCCCAAAACUAUAAAAAAUACAAAAAAAAAA